CUUUUUGUGGCUGCACAGGGCCUGGUGACUCUCGAACGGUUCGCAGUUUUCUCCGAUUUUCCACGCGUCAUCGCUCCGCCAUGAACCUUCUCUUCACGCUACUUCUUCUAGCCGUGGCAGCCACCGCACCCAGCCACUGCAGCUGUCCCUCUGAACAGUGGAUCGCCUACCGCAGCUUCUGCUACCUUCUCAUCGACUACGAGUGGACCUGGGACGACGCCCAAGAUGCGUGCCAAACCCUGCACCCGGGCGCCACGCACGCAUCCACGCACGACGAGGAGCAAAACACCUUUCUUGCGGAAAACGUGGCCGGCUCGCAUAGGGUAUGGUUGGGCCUUCGUCAGCCCAUUCCACACUACGAUUGGUUCUGGGAUGACAGCUCCGAUGUGGACUUCACCUCGUGGGAUACGUAUGAGCCGCGCGCGGGGCCCAUGUCGAGCUGUGCGGUCCUAAACUCGGUUCAUACCGGUAAAUGGGCCUCGGAGGACUGUACUGCCUAUCACAGUCGUUCCAUCUGUCAGAUCAAACUCUGAUGGGGGCGUGAGAGCCGAUAGAAAAAGUCAAAUAAAGAAACGACUAACGAGCACAAUACAACGUAAGUCACUUGAGCAACGACAAAAUGUGAGGAUAUAUGUAUUCCAUGGUAAUAGAUUUCAAUGUUCCAGUGGAUUUAUGUCCGUGGCAUUGGCAGCUGGCGUUUUUCUGUUCCAGUUUGUGAGCUUUACGCAUUGUUUGCCUCUAGUUGAACUGCAUAUUCUCCUGUAUUUGUGCCUCAAAAUUAUUUAUGAAAUAUCGUUCGAAAAAUAAAAGCGGGGAUGGAAUUUAAAGGAAAUGCAGAUAAAUAACGAAUGGAACGAUCA